AUGACAUCUCACCCCCAGGUAUCUCCGUCAGCUGAGAGCGCUCUCGGCGGUUCCCAGAUCGUUAAAGAAUUCUUUCACCAACUCAAUUUGCUGGCCUCAUCAGCAGGUUCUAAAUAUGUCUCAUCACUUCUGGAGGAGAACUCCAACCUUCAAGGAAAGCUGGAACAGGCACAGGUGGAGCUGACUAAAUUCAAAGGAGACAUGGGUGAAUUGGAGAAAAAGAAGCAAACCACGACAGAGGAGCUUCUUGCCAUGAAUCGAAAGGAAGUUACCAAACAAGACGAGCUGAGGAAGCAGAUAGAAUCUCUCAAGACCUCACUCGAAGAUCAAAAGGAGCAGGUCACUGAAAAGCAGAGUGCGUUCAAUGACCUCAAAGCACAAUUUGAUAAAACCCAAGAAUCCUACCUUCGUGAGAAAGAGAAAGUCGUCCGCGCGCACAGUGAUAUUACCACACUCCAGCAAAAUAUCAAGGAGAAGGACACUACGAUCGACAAGAUGAAAUCUGUAGGGUCGGAGCUCAAACAGCAAUUUUUGACUGUCAAGAAGACUGCAAAAGAUUUGUCCGACGAAAACAAAGGCUUGAAGCAACGUCUUCAAGCUGCUGAGGAGCAAAUUCGAAAAUUCGAAAAUCUACCGGCGAAGUACCAUGAAGAAGAUGAGGAAGUCAUGCUUGAAAGGUUUAAGAAAUUGUGGGAAUAUGCCAUCAAGGAAACGUAUUGCCAUCUGCAGAAAGAUCUGCCCGCCGAAGCUUUUGAGAAUCUACAAGCCUGGAAGAAAUUCCAAGAAAAAAGCGAUCAGGCAUUACGACAUCAUAUCCCACUUCCGCUUUCCAAUUCUAAGGAGGCAAAACAGAUGCGGCUUGCGGUGAUCCUUGGGAUUCUCUCGAGAGAAAUAGACAAGUAUAUUUUCCAGCCAACCUAUAUCUUGCCGGACGACAGCCAAAUCCGAGAGAUGUUAGCCAACCUGGCCAUUAGCGAGAAUGAGAAGGAAUCAUUUUGCCGGUUGUUGCUAUUGUCAAUCGAUUGGCCAGCGCAGAAAAGAGAAUGUGAGGCAAGAAUACAGAUCGUUGUGAGAAACGUUGCGUCCUACCUCUAUGGGUUGCUGACAGAGACGCAAUUCGAUGAAUUUUGCCUUGGUGUUCAGAAAAUUGUUUCUCAGUCCGCUGAAAUCUGGGAGAAAUUCCAGCGGACGAAGCAGAAAUACGAAACAGAUUUUGAGCCCAUUCAAUGGGGGGACCUUGAGUGGGAGGAAUUUCCGUUUCCAGAGGCCGAUGGUAGCGAGAAUCGACGGGCGGAAGGUACGCCAGAUGAGAAUCUACUCACCGUGUUUCCACGGAUUUCGACGGUAGAUAAUGAUGGACGUGCCCCUUUGACUUUCGCCAUCCAAGUGAGGAGGUCAUCACCGGUUUGCAUCGCUGCAGGGCAAGAAUUGGCACCACAGAUUUCAGGACCUCUUCCUAGAAGAACGGCAUCCAGCCGACCUCGGAGAAAGACAGUCACUGAGAACACUAGCAAUGGCCCUUUUUUAGGUGGAAAGGCGCAGUAA